AUGGCUGCGGUUAUGAAGUUGAGGAUGGAAGAUGGUAAUGGGGACUACGUGAUCUUGGUGCCGUUGGAGGAUCUGGAGUCGGGGACGGUUGUUGGAUUUCACGGUUGGAACCUGCCGAGAAUCCGGGAUUCAAUCUGGUGGUGGGCGAAGCUGGCCUCAUUGUGCGUCUGCUUUUUGGCGCUAGCUGCGGCCUUUGUCUUCUGGGGCGCUCCUCUCCUCAUUAAUAAGGUCAUAUUACCUGACCGACUUGUGGUGUAGAUUUUUCUUUUUUUUAAUCCGUUGAGUAGACAUAGGUUCUGAUUUUCUUUUAAUUAUCAAUUGGCUCAAGAAACUGCACAGAUAAGAUUAGCUUGAUGAUAGGCGAGGAAAUCCUGCACGAAAAAUUCAGUGCCGCUUUCACUAUUGUGGUUCCUGUGGAUUUCGAAUUGUGUAUAUUUUUCCCCUAUUUGUCACAAAGUCCCACAGAAGAUGCUGAGAUCGGGUGGAGUGCACGGAGGAAGUUGCAUUGAAAUGGAAAACACUAGAGAAAGCCGCCACAUGAAAAUCUGAAAAUGUCAUUCCAAUCAUCAGAAAUUAGACUCUUGGAGACUGCACUUUUGACCUCGGGACUUUUCACCUAGUUAUCGGUUUGACCCUCCCAAACGACCAUCCAACCACCGGUGGGAGCAGAAUGCUUUCAUCGAAGAGGGACAUUUUCAUGCUUCAUAAGUGUAUUGAUUCAUGGAUGCAUGGAAGGAAAGAAGAAGACACAGUGACUUAGCCUUACUUUUGGGAUGCACUAGAUGAAGUGAACUGUAACAGUCUGCUGUUGGCGUUUGAUAGAAUGGGAUCCGAUAGCAGGUAAUGAGAAUCAAAGAGUUAAAAUAAUCUGUCGGAUUACUACUAUCGCUGUUUGGACAAAACAUGAUUCUACCACACUGGCAGAGACCAAAAGAUUAUUCAUAUCACUGUCGAUACUGCUUUAAGUGGGACAGAGAUGAGGUAGAGAAGAAACUCUGAUUCAGAAUUAGAAAAUGGUAAAGGUUAUUGGGGUUUAGUAAGACCCCACAUAUUUUGGGGGGGUUUUCGGUUUCAAUCAGGGUAUGGUUAAUUGGAUGGCAUCAUAUUUCAAAUAGAUCAUUGGGUUGUAUAUAACCUCUUUGGGAAAAAUGAGGAGGUUUUUACUAUGAGUGUGCAUAAGCUCGUAAUAUCAACCGCAUAAAAAGCUUAUAACUUGGUGAAACUUUCGGCCAUUCUGUUAGAGUAAUCGGAUCGUCCAAAUCAAAACUAAAUUGGCUAUCAUUCAGUAAAUUCAUCUUUAUAGUCGUCAGUUUAUUUUUUUACAAUAAUUAAAAUGAGGGUAUUUUUGGCCCAUCCCUCACAUUUAAAUCAACUUUUUUGCUCUGUCACAAGGGCAAUAUGAAUAAGCAGCGUUCAGCGCAAGAGCAAUGGGUAUGAUUUGAUGUUAAGAUUUUAUUUUUAUAUAAUCUUCUUAAAACCUUGAAACUGUAUUUUUUUUCAUCUGAAAUUAUGACCCCUUCUUUCUCUCAGUCAAGUAACCCACCUCAAUAGCGGUUUUGUCUUACCUAUAAACUUUGCUUGGUUUUUCUUCAGGUGGUUAUCCCAGUUUUGGACUGGGAAAGGACAGCAUUUAGCCCACCAAUCCUCGGAUUGAUACUCUUCUCGUCUAUUGCAAUAUUCCCUACUUUGUUGCUGCCAUCUUCGCCGAGCAUGUGGAUUUCGGGGAUAACAUUUGGUUACGGAUAUGGUUUCCUUCUUAUCAUGGCGGGGACGAGCUUGGGCAUGUCUUUGCCAUUUCUCAUUGGCUCACUCUUUCGCCGUAAAAUACAUGUACGCCUCACGCCUUUUAUUGCCUUUCUUCCACUUUUUGAGUCUUGACACUCAUGUUCACGUUGUUCUAUAACACAGCAAUGUCUUGAAAAAUGGCCCAAGCAGGCUGCUAUCGUGAGGCUUGCUGGUGAAGGAGACUGGUUCCAUCAGUUCCAGUCGGUUGCUGUGCUCCGGAUUUCUCCAUUCCCAUAUAUUAUAUUUAACUAUGCUUCUGUUGCAACAAACGUAAGGUAUUGGCCUUACCUACUAGGGUCGCUGGCGGGUAUAGUACCUGAAACUUUCAUCACAAUCUACAGGUUAGAACUCAUGUCCCUCCGAUCAUUUUUAUUUUAUUGAAGAAAAUAUGUUGACAGCUCUCCACGCUAGUUCUUCAUUAAUGUGCAAUAUGCCCUUGACCUUUGAAAAUGACUUCGAACCCAAGUCCACAUGGAAAAAAACGUUUCAACAUAUAUCUGUGUAUGCAUGUAUUGUUGAUCUGAAUUGAUGAGUGUAUUUAGAAAUAAAAGCAUGCCAAACAAUAUAUUAUUCCUCUCCCUGUCCCAAAUUUUUAAAUCUCAUGUAACAUUGUUCAAUUUUCUUCAUUUUCUGGCUAAUGGAGGUAUCAUAUAGCUCGUUCGACUCCUUGCCUUUGACUUCUAAGACACCAUUUUUCAGCCGAUUCGUUUUUAUCAUCAUUUAUGCAUUGCUUCCUCAGUUCUUCAUGCUCAAAUAUACGAGUACGAAAAAAGAUGAGUCUCUGACUAUUUGAUCACAUAGUAGAAUUUUGGCAGAUUAUCAGCUUAAUUUUACCAUUUGCUUCUCUAAGUAAAAGUAACGAUAAGAAAAACGAUAAUCAGUGAUUGUUUGUUUCUUCUUUGGAAGCCCAAAAUAAGUGAAAGACUGACAUUACUCUUCUGUGGACAUAAUCUUUGAUCGACCCAUUUGUUAUGUUCCAAUAAUGUUAUAUGUUUGUCCGAAUCAUACAAUCAAUGUCCGAUUGUUAUCCGACAAAGUCUUGAGGAUCCAUGGACUAGGAUGUCAUCAUCAUUUUGGAAAGAAAUCAGCUUGGAUAGAAGAGCCACUUCGAUUCCUGGCGAAGAUAUCUCGUCUAACCUUCCCACAGUCUUCAGAUUGGCUUUUAGCUCUAUCUUUUCAGAUCGAAUGAAAAGAUACUUUCAGGAAGAACAGAUCCCUGAACUCCACGAGCUUGCUUCUCUUAGCAACAGGACAUGGGCAUUUGCCAAGAACUUAUGGGUGCGAGUGAGACUGUCUACACGAGCAUCCUCAUGGAAUGUCCUCAACCUUUCCUCGGACGAGAAGGUCGUGGCCAUUUUUCUAUGUCGUCUUCUUGGACUGCCAUUAGACAGCCAUUGAUCUCAACGAAGCUACUGAGCCUUAGAUGGCAGCGGAGGGCAACCCACAUUGGCCUUUUGAGACCAGCCGCGAUUGUAGGGCUAAGAUCCGCACCUAUAUCAUAUUAGUCUGGGGAACCCUGGUGGUUGCCUGCAAAUCUUAGGGCAGAGUUCAUCCAUGGGAAGGAAUGCCGGAGACCCUGGUGGAUCCCUGCAACUUGUGACAAAUUGAGCUGUUGGAGCUCAUCUUACUCAGGUCAUUAAUAUACAACGCAAUUUUGAUUUUUUAUGGUGAAUCAAGAAGAAAAAAGUGGCAAUAAAUAAAAAAAAAUGGAUAUAUUUUUAUGGCAUAUUGUCGGCGAAGAGUUCUUGAGCUGGAUCCGUGAACAUGGUGUGAAUUUCCCCGCUUGGUUGAUCUCAAAUCAUCCUCGGAGUAAUUUGUGUUGCUGAAAGAUCUGUUUUUUCUUGUGUCCGCUCUACAGUGGGAUCUUUAUUCGGAAGCUGGCGGACGCCUCGUUUGCCCCCGGCUUCCUAUCGGGCGACCAGAUCCUGUGCGACGCCCUGGGCUUCGGCGGCGCCGUUGCCGCCACCGCCGCCACCACCAUCUACGCCAGGAGGACCCUCCGGACUCUUCAGGCUGAGGAUGAACCGCAGUAG